AUGGGAAUGUCUACGAACAAAACAGUAAACCGAUGGACAUCAUGGCUCACCAAGAACAUGUUACUACUAAUGACAAUGGCUGGAAUCAUAAUGGGUGCCAUAAUUGGAGGAGUGCUUCGAAAUCUAGAACCAUCUCCAGACGUUGUCAGAUAUGUCGGCUUUCCGGGAGAACUCUUCAUGAAUAUGUUGAAGGCUAUGGUGUUACCCUUGAUUGCUGCAAGUAUCGUGUCAGGACUCUCCCAACUCGACGGAAAAACCUCGGGUCGUCUUGGUUCCCGAGCAGUCAUGUACUAUGCGAUAACCACAACGCACGCAGUUAUUCUUGGAAUCAUUGUAGUUUCGAUCAUUCAUCCAGGCGAUCCAACUAUCAAACAGAAAAUGGGAAUCGAGGAGGGAGCCACUGCGAAUGAGUCCGCUGCUCAGAAGUUUUUGGAUUUGUUUAGAAAUGCGUUCCCGGAGAACAUAAUGAGAGCAACGUUUGCCCAGGUACAAACUCACUAUGUCAACCACACCAGUUCUAAUGGUGUACAACAGCUGGUGCCGAAAACAGGAUAUGUGGAUGGGAUGAAUGUGUUGGGAAUUAUCGUGUUCUGCAUAGUUAUGGGUCUUGUUAUCUCAAAAAUUGGGGAUGAAGCGAAACCGCUGGCAAACUUAUUCCACGCACUCGACGUUGUCAUCACCAAAAUGGUAAUGAUUAUUAUGUGGUUGGGACCGAUUGGAAUUCCUUCGUUGAUUGCUCAAAAAAUGUUAGAGGUGUCAGACUUAUGGCAGACGGCAAGGAUGUUAGGAUUGUUUGUAUUCACUGUCAUUCUCGGAUUGGCUAUUCAGGCGUUCAUCACCCUCCCACUCAUUUAUUUCAUUGGAACUCGUCACAAUCCGUACAAAUUCUUGAAGGGACUUGGACAAGCGAUUAUGACCGCUUUGGGCACAUCAUCAAGUGCCGCCUCUCUUCCAGUCACUUUCAGAUGUUUGAACAAGUUAGGCAUCGAUCCGAGGGUGACUAAAUUCGUGUUGCCAGUGGGCGCUAUGGUUAAUAUGGACGGAACCGCGCUCUACGAAGCGACAGCCUCAAUCUUCAUUGCUCAAAUGAAUGGUCUCGAACUAUCGAUUGGUCAAAUCGUGACCGUAUCCAUAACUGCCACGUUGGCCUCAAUUGGUGCCGCCUCAAUUCCAUCGGCUGGCUUAGUGACUAUGCUAAUUGUACUCACCGCUCUAGGUCUUCCAGCCAAUGAUAUAUCUCUCAUUUUGGCAGUCGAUUGGUUUUUGGACCGACUUCGUACAUCUGUGAACGUGAUUGGCGAUGCGUUGGGAUGCGGAUUCGUCCAUUACAUUUGUGCUGAUCAUUUGAAUGCGGACGUGGCAGAGGCUGAAAAGAAUCAUGCGGUUGUAGAGGCUCAUGUAAGGAGAGAUGUUUGA